UACAGAUCUCUGGAGAGGCACUGAGAGGAAUUUUCAUGAAAUUCUAGACACCAAGAAGAAUAUUAUAUUAUGUAAGAUGUUGGUUGGAGUCUUCUCACGAGAACCGGAAAGCACCUAUAAAUGGUUAAUUAAUUUCCUUUUGGAACUGCCAGACGUCAAGGAUGUCCGACCUGUUUAUAUCAACAAUAACAGCUCUCAGAACUUUAAUGAUGAAGUUGCAAAGUGUUCAUUUGCCAUCCUGUAUCACUCACUGAAUAGAGGAAGGAUUAAUGUUACUAAUGUGACAGAUUCUAUCUAUGACAGGGAACUGGAUUAUUUGUCAAAUACAAAAGACAGGGAGAAGAUUCUGGUGGUGAUUGAUGAUGUUGAUGACAGCAGUGAUCUUGAGAGAGCCCGUAUCCUUCAGACACAGCCUAGUAUCGGGAGACUAGCCGGAGAUCUCUUCCUCUUCUCAAAAGCAGAAAAAGCCUGUCUUAGAUCUAGUGGUUCUCGUACAAAUGGAUCCAUUGGGCUGCAGAACCUAAAUGCUGCUGACACAUUGAAUGAAAAGUUAACGAGCAUGAAAAGAAUUUUAAAAGGGAAAAGGACAGGUGGAUUUUCAUACAAUGACAACUUUACUGGAGGAACAGACUCUUCAUUUUCGGGAAACACUGGUGCCUUUUCUGGAACUCGCAACAACAGUUUAUGGGAGGUCCCUGUCAGCGGUUGGAUAAGGCUCCACAGGAGGCGGCCAGAAAAUCUCUACAGAUAUGCUACGGUCCGUGCCCGUGUUUUUCUAUCCAUUCCGCAUAUCUGCUUAUAUCGAAUUGACAGUGAAGCGCUCUAG